AAUUGAUAUUUUUUUGGCUAAUUUGGCUGUACUUAUCGAUAUAGAUCAACAUAUUCAAUUUAUAUCAAACCGUUAGGACGCACUAAUUUAACGUAAACAUUUACUUUGGACGCUAUUAAUAAUUUGUUUUUUUAAUAUUUAAAUAUUUAAAUUCAAUAUUAAUUACAUAUUUUAUUAUUAUUCAAUAAUACCAAAUCAUUAAUAAACAAUGGAAAACGAAAAAAUAAAGGAUAAUGAAAUAUCCUUAAGCCAAAAUGGAAAUGAUAAUUUGAUAGAGACAUUAAUUGUGGUACAGCAACAGCUCGUAUCAACAAUUGAAAAUCUUUCAGAGUAUGUUUUCGAUUCAUCAAUCGAUAGAGCCAUUGAAAAAGUACGAAUGGGAUUCAAGCUUGUUCAUGAUAGCAUUCAUUCUCUGAUAAAAGACUUUUAUCAACUACAAAAAGAAAAAGAUCAAAGAAUUGCCAUGUUAGAAUUAGAAUAUGGCAAAACAUUUGCUGCAUUAGAAAAGGAAUCAAAGAAACGUGAAUUAUUAGAGGAAGAAAAAGAAUCAUUGAUAAAUCUAGACGAACAAAAUGUAAAUUUACGCGCCAAUUUAGGAGCAGUUACUGGUAAUUUAUUAUGGAAGUCAUCAAAAUACCCUCAAAUAGUGAAUACUUGGCUCACAGAACAUCAAUCCAUUGUGAGCAAUUUUUUAUUUAUUGCUGUUGGAACUGUUCGUUCCUUUAUCGAAACAUUUCAACCAUCUUUUCCAUCUAUAAAUAAUAAUGAAACUCAAUUUGUCGUGGCAAUUUUGGGAAUUAUAACAAAUAUAUCAGCAACACCUGGAGGAAGGCAGUUUCUUGUUGAUCAUACCGAGGGGAAAACAUUGAUAGCAUAUUUAGUUGAAUUUUUGCCAACGAUGAUUGGAGAUACUGGAAAUGUUAUGAAAAAAUUAAUGCUGAAAAUUUUAUUCAAUAUAAGCAUGAAUUGUGAAGGCUUUUCAUAUCUCUUUCAACUCAACAUUGAAGAAUCAAUUGUACAUUGUUUUGAAGACUGUACACCUGUAGAAAUAUUAACACUAGUGCUUCAACUUCUUCAGUCUCUUACAUACAAUUUACUAGAUCCUCAAAUUCUCCAGCGUCUUCUAGAGAAGCUACCAAUGGAUAAAAUCAAAACUUUAUCUGCAUCGGAAGAUCAGGAUAUCAGAUCAGAUAUUGCUAUAAAAGCUCAGGAAGUGUUGAUCAAUUUGAAUAAUGAUCAAGCUGAUGCUGAUACGUUGAGUAAUUUUUCCAAACUUUCCAAUAAUUCCAACUAACUGAUCAAGUGUAAAUAAUAGAAUAAAUACUUUUCUACGUGCUUUUACUGGAA